CUGCCUCUGCUCCAAUCACGGGCAGCCUCGCGCUCCCCUGGUAGGUCUACUCACCAACCUACUGUCUCACAUUUUGAUAGAUCACUCCGGAGCUAUAAACGCGCAUCAACACAACUCGAUUUUUCCUUGCUACCCGAAGAUGAGAGUGUCCAUCGCGGUGCCCUCUGCAUGCUUUACCUCCUAACUCGGGCUCUAGACCCGCAGCUGGGACGGGAGAGAGAGCAACCUCUCUUUUCUCUCAUCAUCACUAACUUGGUGUUCCAAGGACACGGGGAGCGAGCCGACAGUCGACGACAAUAAUUGUACGGUAUUUGUGUAUCCUUUCUCAUUUAAGCAAACUUCCUCAUUCUGUCUUUCACGCUGGGCACAGAAGCAGAGAGAAGAAGAAGAAGAAGGCUCCGCAUCGCUAUUUCUACCGUGGAAAUACAUUUGGUGGGGUUUUGUGCCCUGUCCGUAUUUGGUGAACCCUGGAUUUAGUGAACAUGGAGACGGUGGAGAAGGAGUGCGGGGCGUUAGGUGGACUAUUCCAGGCGAUUGUCAAUGAUAUGAAGUGUUCAUACCCCGUGUGGGAGGACUUCAGUGCCAAGGCCACCAAACUGCACUCCCAGCUCCGGACCACAGUGCUGGCGGCAGUGGCCUUCCUGGAUGCCUUUCAGAAGGUGGCGGACAUGGCCACCAACACCAGAGGCGCCACCAGAGACAUUGGAUCAGCUCUUACCAGGAUGUGCAUGCGGCAUCGCAGCAUCGAGGCCAAACUGCGCCAUUUCACCAAUGCUCUGAUGGAGAGCUUGAUCACUCCUCUCCAGGACAGGAUUGAGGAUUGGAAGAAGACCGCCAACCAGCUGGACAAGGACCAUGCCAAAGAGUACAAGAGAUCUCGUCAUGAGAUCAAGAAGAAGUCCUCAGACACCAUGAAACUGCAGAAGAAGGCCCGGAAAGGCCGAGGGGACCUGCAGCCCCAGCUGGAUAGUGCCAUGCAUGAUGUGAAUGACAUGUACCUGCUGAUGGAGGAGACAGAGAAGCAGGCGGUGCGCCGCGCUCUGGUGGAGGAGAGGGGACGCUUCUGCACCUUCAUCGGCUUCCUGCAGCCUGUAGUGAAUGGAGAGAUUGCCAUGCUGGGAGAGAUCACUCACCUCCAGGCCAUUAUUGAUGACCUCACUGUGCUCACCACUGAUCCCCACAAACUGCCCCCCGCCAGCGAGCAGGUGAUUAAAGACCUGAAGGGUUCAGACUACAGCUGGUCCUACCAGACCCCUCCCUCCUCCCCCAGCAGUUCUGGCUCCAGGAAGAGCAGCAUGUGCAGCAGUGUGAACAGCGCCCACAGUAGCGCCUCUCGCUCCUCCGGAGGCUCUCAGACUCACUCACCCAGUUCGUCCUAUCGCUACCGCAGCCUGGCCCAGCCGCCACCAGGGAACGCUCACCGCCUCAGCAGCGUCUCCUCCCACGACUCCGGCUUCAUAUCACAGGACGCCAACGUCUACUCCAAGCCUCCCUCGCCCAUGCCCUCUGACAUCACCAGCCAGAAGUCAUCAAGCUCCGCAUCCUCCGAGGCAUCCGAGACCUGCCAGUCAGUCAGUGAGUGCAGCUCUCCCACAACGUUUGGCUCGUCCUUCGCUACCUUCCGUCCUGCUCUCUCUCACACUGGCUCCAUCAGGCCUCUCUCUGUCAUACUUCCUGCGUCCCCACCCUAUAACUGCUCCCCUGGAUCCAACACUACCUCUCCCACAUCAAAGGUUCCUUGCUGGAAGGAUUGGUCCAAGGCAGGUUCUUAUGAGCAGCCAUUGGCUGCCACGCUUCAGCGGCGGAAGGAGCCCCUGGAUAGGCUGAGGGAGAGCGAGGUAUCCCCGGGCUCCCAGGGAUAUGCUGGUGCUCACCCAGACGAUGUCCAGAGGCCCCGAAUGACCCCCGCCACCAUCGCUGCCAAGCACGGCGAAGAGGUGUCUCCAGCAGCCAGUGACCUGGCCAUGGUCCUGACCCGUGGUCUCAGCAUGGAGCAGCAGAAGAGCAACAGGGACUCCCUGCAGUACUCUAGUGGCUACAGCACCCAGACCACCACGCCCUCCUGCUCCGAGGACACUAUCCCCUCUCAGGGGUCGGAUUAUGACUGCUACUCUGUGAAUGGAGAUGCCGAAGGUGAGGCGUCAACUGACUUUGACAAGUCCUCCACCAUCCCCCGCCACAGCAACAUCGGCCAGAACUACCGCCGCAUGAUCCAGACCAAGAGGCCGGCCAGCACCGCUGGUCUGCCCAGUGGGGCCCAGGGCGGAGUGCCUGGAGGGGGAGGGGGCAUUGGGACCCCUGGGACUGCCACCAUCCGCCGAACCCCAUCCACCAAGCCGGGUGUGAGGCGCACCCUGUCCAACGCGGGCCCCAUCCCCAUCCGCCCCCCCAUAGUGCCAGUGAAGACACCCACUGUGCCUGAUGCUCCUGGGGGGUACCCCGGGCCUCCGGUACGUGUGGGCAGUGAGGAGUGUGUGUUCUACGUGGCGGAUGACUCCUCCCCCAACACGUUGGAGUAUGUGAAGGCCUCUCCCAAGCGUCUGAGCCUGCCCAACACAGCGUGGGGGUCUGGGGGAGCGAUGGAGAUGAGUGUGUAUGUCCAGCACGGCUCUGAGGAGGACCAGAUGAUAGCCGCUAACCGCCACAGCCUGGUGGAGAAGAUAGGAGAGCUGGUGGCCAGUGCCCAUGCCCUUGGGGAGGGACAGUUCCCUUUCCCUAACCUUCCUGAUGACCCCCCACCUGGCCCGGCCCCCCAGCACGACCUCCAGGCCACCGGGUCAGGCACCGACGUGCUGGUGUCCAUCCGCAGGGGUGUGCGGCUCCGCAAGACCGUCUCCAACGACAGGUCAGCGCCCAGGAUUUUGUGAUGGUCCACAGCGGAGCGGAGGGAGCGCAGCCUGCACCCACCGUGGUGCCCCAACCACUACAUACAGUACUGACACUGUAGUAAAGAAGUGAAUAUGACAACAGAAGAUUACAAAAAAAAAAAAAAAGUUUUAAUUAGAAGUAAAUGACAAAUAACAAUAAUAAUGCUGAUAAUGAAAAAGUAAAGGAUGAAUAAUAAUGACAGGCUCUGGCCACUAUAACUCUGUCGUGUCUGGGCGCAUGUUUGUUUAAUUAGCACCACCAUCACCAUGGGAUCCUCAGACUGUAUAUAGAGACUCUGUCUGGACUGACUGCCGAGAGAGAGACUGUUUAUAGGGACCUGGACUUCCAGCCACCCUCUCCACCUCCUCCCACAACCCCCUCCCCAUUCUAGAGUAAAACAGAGGGAAGCAGGUGGCGGAGAGACAGAUGAAAAGUGGGGUCAAUAGGGGGUCCCAUCUCUCCCUUUAGCUUGGGCCACAAGGCUCUGACAAUGCACUGUUAGCUUUAAACCAUGGCUAACCGUGUGUGUGUGUGUGUGUGUGUGUGUGCACGCGUGUAAGAGGUGGGCAGAGUUCUGCUGCAGGUCAGCCGGUUGUAUUUGAGGGUGGGGCUUCUCUCCUCUGUGUCAUUUGUUGUUACCCUCACACGGGGCACACACUGGCUAAAUCAACGUCGUUUCCACAUCAUUUGAAUGAAAUGACGUUGGACCGACGUGGAAUAGACGUUGAAUUGACGUUUGUGCCCAGUGGACUGUUUUUAUUGUGAUAUUUGAUUUCCUGUUCCCACUGUAUGAGAAGCUACAAAAUGAAGCCAGGCGUAUAUAUUUUCUAAAUCCAGAGAGAACAUGUUAAUAAGAAAUGGAGCAAUAAAUGUGUUUUAUUUUCUGCUUGCGGAGUGGAGGAGAAACAGAAGCUGUUAUCUUAGGUUUAGGUUCUCUUCAGGCAUCAUCAGGCAUGCUUAAGUACACAUGACAGUGGCUGUCUAACUCUGGCCAUUGGCUUUUCUCAAGUCCUGGCCUGAUGUGUUAAAAAAAAAACAGAAAAAUCCUAGAAAACUGAAGCACUUUGAAGGUUAGUUUCUAGUGUGACCACUAGGAGUCAGUGUGGUCACGCUAUGUGAUGAGACGAGGGUGCUGGGGGAGUGAGACAGUUGGUUGUCAUGCGGUGUGCUGAGUGCGUGCCACAGACCAGUGAGUGAAGCAGUUCAAUUGGUGAGAGAAUAGGAAGAUCGAAAAAGGAAGUGAUGAAGAAAUGUGGGAAAUGGGAACGGAAGGUUACGCCAUUGGAGAUAUGGUUAUGUACAAUGGUUCCAUGCUGAAAAGGUUGAAUUCCAAAAAAAAAACUGAUUUAUAAUGUAGAUCAUAACAUUUAUGUAAAGAGUGGGAUGGUAAGCUGCUGUACUAGUCAUUACCUGUUGUGAGUCUCAAACAUGAGAUCCAUAGCUCAUGUGCAGCCUUACUCGGGAGCUGGCUUUGCUAAAGACAUUAGAAUGAAAGUGACUAUAGCCAGAGAGAAACAGUUUGGAUAAUGUAAGGGGUUGCCAGAAGAAGAAGGCGGAUAUUUAUGUUUACAGAGUUAGCUGGAAGAGAGUUGCUGCAGCGCAGAGAGAUGGAAUGAGCAUUUCACUGCCUGUUCGUUCAAGAGUCAAGAGUCAGACGCACAGGUGGAAGUCAAGACUAGAAACUGUAUGAAUAUAUAGUAACCCUUCAUAAAAUUAUGUUGCCAUAUUUUUGCAAUAAUGUUAUGCUGUAGUCUUACUUUUGUCAAUGAAAAAAAUAAUAAUUCCAGAGAACAAUGAAUCACAGUGAUAUAGGAUCUGAGCAGGCAGAGAGAGCAUUAUUCUGACCUUUGUACUGUAGGGUAGUGAUGAACUUCAUGGAUGUCUGCCCAAUGCUCCCUAGCAGUGAAUGUUGAUGUCCUCACCUUGACGACAAUGACCAUUGCAAAAUGUAUCUCGAUGCUUAUUUUGUUAAAAAAAAUGUUUUAAUUUAUUUUGCUUAAAUAGAGCACUGUUUUAGAAAUUCCUGUGGCUGUUUUAAAGCGAGGGUCUGCUUUGAGAAGAUGAGAGAAACACCUGGUAUUGUAGAAUAUCGCUCAUCUGCUGGAGUGCUGAAAUAGUACUUCCGCAAGGGGCUCUGUAAGAGGGUGGGUGUGGGUGUGACGCGGAGGAAGGGGAGAGACCAGCAGUCUGGUGGGCGUGGCCCAGGGUGGAUGUGACCUCCCGUGUCACAGUGCAUUCUCGACCAGAGGAUGCUCAUCCAGAGAAUGUCUGCAAAGCACAGGUCAGAACGAUGUAUAUUUAUAUAUACAUAUAUACAUACAUAUACUGUUUAAGAAGUUGAACACUAAUUGUACAGGUCAAAUUGCUAGAAUUAAAAAAAAAAGUUUAACUCACUUUACUUCACAUUACUGAAGAAAUGUUUACUGUCUUUAACUGUGCAGACUUAACUCUGGCAAUUAUUCUGUUCCAAUUUCUUGUCAUGCUUGAAUUACUCUGCUUCAUUCUGAUUGUGUGUGAUGCUCCUUACCGUUCCCGAGACCCCAACUAUGUAACCAUCACUUCUAUCCGAGCAUUAGAGCGAGAGAAAGACAGGAUGUGGCACAGAGACAGACAGACCGAGUGAGACUGGGCCGUUUGCUAGUGUGUGUUAGACUGAGAGGACCCCUACAGAGGAACUACAGGGAUGUCAGUCUUGGUUGUCUCUCUGCCUGGGAUGAGGUGACACUCUCCAAGACCCCAUGGUGGAUGACUAGCAGUCACCUCACUCCCUCACACCCCCACAGCUGGGCUGUCUCUGGGUAUGUGAAGGUCUCUCCCUCUUUCCUCACCAUCACUUGCUUCUCGCCAUCCUCACACUGGGCAGAGAUGUCAGUUUAACGUCUAGUUUCGAUUUACAUUUGGUUGAGUUUUCAUCUAACAAUAAUUCAACAUUAAAUCAAAUAAAAAAAUGUAUGUUAAAAGUUGGGUGCGAAAAAGACGGAUGGCCUGGCGUUGAUGACUUUUUGCACGUCCAAUUAGUUUUCAAAGUUGAUUCAACGUCAACGCAUCGUUUUUUGGGGGGUUGGAAUGACGUGGAAACAACGUUGAUUUAACCAGAUUUUGCCCAGUGGGCUACCCCCACUUAUACUCUCAAUAAAUGAACGUGUUUCUUUUUAACCUCUUAUCCACCACAACCCCAACUUCUACUAGCAACUCACCCCAUAGUUUGCCUCAGCAUCAGCUCUUAAGCCAGAGCCAAACCCAAACUCCCAACAGGACAUUGACUGAAACACUUUCCCGCUGGGUGCUAAUAAUGCAAGGACAGGGAAUAACUGUGUCGUAACAUAAAAUGCUAGUUUCACAUUAGAAGAACAACACUUCCAUGAGAACAUGAUAUGAUGUCUCAUGCUGGCUGGAUUAUAGCUAAUGAAAUCAUUUAAAUUAAACCUUAGCUUCACUCUAAGUGAGUGUUAAUUUGCGAUAAGUGCCCAUGUGACUUCUCUCUCUCUCUCAAAUCGGGUGAGUUGUUUGUCUGUGUAUCCUGCUGCGCUUACCACGGGCGGUGUGUCCAUAGUGUUAGCGCUGUCGUGAGGGGAAUGGAGCAAAUGGGUUGACGGGAGUGUUUCAGCAUAAUACACUUUUCUCUUCAUGUCGAGUGAGGUUUGCACAGUGCUGUGUAGAGAUGUAUUUUUCACUUCCGUGUCUCUGCAAAACAGCCUCGGUCGCAAAUGACACUUAUUUAAAUAGCUUUUUGCAUACUUAUGCAGAUCACUUUCACAAUUUCAAUAAUAGAGAAAAUGUGCUUUCAUUGCCUUGUGAGUUUCACUGUGUGUGAUUUAAUACUCCCCCCGCUAAGCUAUAUAGAAAUAACAAUGGAACUCAUUCAUAAUGUAGGAUACUGGAUAUGUAACAGCAGUCUAUAGGUCUCAUUGGGUCUCCAUGAUGCUUUGCCUAACACAGGUCAACCUGUCCUCCCCUCUUAAUCCUGGAUAAGAGCUUGGUUAAUCAGUCUUAUUACUGUAAUAACAUUAGAAAGUGGAUGACUGUAUGCCUUUAUAGUCUAGGCUGGUGUUAGUGUCCGACCAGUGUGACCUUGCAAAUCACUUUAUGCCGUUGUAAGGUAGCCAAACAGCCCAAGCUCCUCUUCCUUUAACUAGCUUAUAAUUCAUAUGUUCAAGCAUAUGUCAGGGCAAAGAUUGAAUCAAGCUGGGUAGCUGUGGGGUGUAGGUCAUGUAUGGAGGUUAUACUGUACGUGGUCUAGGAGUAGUGUGUUUACAUUGUCUACAGGUGUUGCGUUGGUGUGUCUUCGUGCUCGUGAAGUCUGCCCUGACGUAUGUUGAGGAUCUCUGACACUGAUGGAGAAACGGACUCUGCCUCGACACAAGGUGGCUACACGCCCACUCUCCCACCCACACACAGCCUGUCCCCAUCUAUUUAAAAAGACCAACCAAGUCACCCCACAACGAUGUCACCAUCCGUUAACUCAACUCUGUCAGCUCCUGAGAUGUAGUCAGGCAGGGAGGUGACGACUCGCGUUUCCAGGUGCCAUGGUAACAGAACUGAAUGUCUUAUCACUUGUGGAUUCUCUGUGGUUUCUUCGCUCUUCCUCUUCCCAGAGCCCAAUCCAAUAUUAAAGCUAAACCAAUGCAUCUAUGAACAUGACCCUUGCCACAGUUUUUAUGAAGUCAUUAUUUUCAUUACGGUAUUGUGAAGAGAUAUGUGCGCAUAUGUUUUUUUUGUACAAAACCCCCUCCAAUGGAGUCACGUAACGCUACAGGUGCUGUUUUCUGUCUUCUAAUUUCUCUCCUCUUCUCUAAUUUAUUGUGCCCUUUUCUCCGAGGCUGUUUUGCCUCUUUCGCUGAUAAGUUUUUCUUUUUAUAUUAUUCAUCCUUUCAAUUUGGUUUAGUCACUGCUAAUGUAACAAAACGCACUGUGAUGAUUCCAGUAUUAAUAAAAUAUGUACUUAAACUGUG